AAUCCUGCCAUUUUGCAUGUCACUCAUGUGUAUUUCGUUGAAGACACCGUGCCAAAAAUUUUCGUCGAACUGUGUUGAACUUUAAUUUUACUGAAAAGGCGUGAAUUUCAAUAUUAAACAAUCGUUUUCAUAUCUUUACUCAUCGAUUCUUAUCAUCAUGGCUUCUAAAAGUGCCAAAAAGGUGAAUGAUGUAGAAAUGAAGGACGAAACUGAGACGCCAGAAGCGACUGACGAAAAAUCCUCGACUGGAAAGAAAGAGAGUGAUUUGAUCACUUUAGAAGAUUUCAAGGAGCAUGUUAAACACAUCGAGAAAGCUGUCUCUUCAAAGGAAAAGAACUAUAUGGCUAGAGUUAUUAGAGCCCUUACAUCCUCAAGGCGCAAAUUAAACCACACUGUGUUACGCAAGCUUAUUACUGGAUAUAUUCCAAAUGGAAACACAAGCAAGGCAACACUGUUGACAUAUCUUGAUGAGCCCAUGGACACGGAAAACAAUAUCUUGUUCCGACCCAGAACUGGUAAAGCAGCACAUGCCCCUCUCCUUCCAGAGCUUGAUGUGUAUCUUCAUCUUCUAGUUGUUGUGCACCUAUUAGAUUCAAAGAGAUUCAGUGAGGCUGUUAAAUGUUCAGAUGUUCUCGUAAAAAAGUUAGAUGCUCAGAACAGACGCUCAUUAGACCAGCUCUCAGCAAAGGCAUACUUCUAUCAUUCAAGAGCAUAUGAGCUUAUCGGUCAACUUGACCAAAUAAGAAGUUUUUUACAUGCCAAGCUGAGGACUGCAACACUAAGGCACAAUAUUGAAGCUCAAGCUACGCUCCAGAACCUUUUGUUGCGAAACUACCUCCACUACAACUUAUAUGACCAGGCAGAUAAGCUUGUUGCAAAGUCAACGUUUCCUGAACAAGCAUCGAAUCAUGAAUGGGCAAGGUUUCUAUACUACUUAGGUAGAAUUAAGGCAAUCCAGUUGGAGUAUUCAGAAGCACAUAAGAACCUUAUCCAAGCUCUCCGCAAAGCACCUCAGUACACAGCUGUAGGAUUUAAGCAAACUGUUCACAAACUAGCCAUUGUUGUUCAGCUCCUGCUGGGAGAGAUCCCUGAUAGGAGUAUCUUCAGGCAGAGUGCUUACAAGAAAACAUUGGUUCCGUACUUCCAGCUUACUCAAGCUGUAAAAAGUGGCAACCUUGGUCUUUUCAACCAGAUGUUGAAGGACUUUGCUGCAAAGUUCCAGUCUGAGUUCACUUACACAUUAAUUAUUCGACUUCAUCACAAUGUUAUCAAGACCGGUGUUCGUAUGAUUAGUCUCUCCUAUUCAAAGAUUUCCCUCUCAGAUGUUGCGAAGAAGCUCCAGCUAGACAGUCCAGAAGAUGCAGAGUUCAUCGUAGCUAAGGCAAUCAGGGAUGGUGUUAUAGAGGCCAGUAUAGACCAUGAGAAGGGCUAUGUACAGUCCAAAGAAACAGUUGAUGUCUACACUACCAGGGAACCUAUGUCUGCCUUCCACCAACGAAUCAGCUUCUGCCUCGAUAUUCAUAAUCAGUCAGUCAAGGCAAUGAGAUUUCCUCCCAAGUCAUAUAACAAGGAUCUUGAAUCAGCAGAGGACAGGAGAGAACGAGAGCAACAGGAUUUUGAAUUAGCAAAGGAGAUGGCUGAAGAUGAUGAGGAAGCAUUCUAGAUUAUGG